GUAACGCGCCGGUAACGCGCCGGUCGCCCGGAAGCAGACGGAGUCAAACUUCCGGUGUUCCUUGCACAUUUACCCUUGGUCGCCAAUUUCGGUUGAAAGGCCUCAUGGCUGCAACGUUUCGCCUGCUUUCCACUGUGCCGCGGUCAGGCGUCCUGGUGGGCAGCCAGAACGUUGUGAGAUGCUUCAGCGUGUCCCAUCAGAGGUGUGGAUUCAAGUAUGUCAACGCACAGGAGGUCCCCACGGAUAUGAAGUCCAUCACAGACCGGGCAGCACAGACCCUCCUAUGGACUGAACUCUUCAGAGGUCUGGGUAUGACUAUGAGCUACCUGUUCAGAGAACCUGCCACCAUCAACUACCCCUUUGAGAAGGGCCCCCUGUCACCACGCUUCAGAGGAGAGCACGCUCUGCGCAGGUAUCCAUCAGGAGAAGAACGAUGCAUCGCCUGCAAACUGUGUGAAGCCAUCUGCCCAGCUCAGGCAAUUACCAUAGAAGCUGAGACCCGUGCUGAUGGAAGCAGGAGGACGACUCGCUACGACAUCGACAUGACCAAAUGUAUCUACUGUGGUUUCUGUCAGGAGGCGUGUCCGGUGGAUGCAAUUGUAGAGGGUCCUAAUUUUGAGUUUUCUACUGAAACCCACGAGGAGCUUCUCUACAACAAGGAGAAACUCCUAAACAACGGAGACAAGUGGGAGGCUGAAAUAGCUGCUAACAUUCAGGCUGAUUAUCUGUAUCGAUAAGACAUUGACACACAUGUGCUUUCAAUAUGUCAACAUGCUCAUUUUUUCUGUUAAAUAUAUUCUGUAUUUUUGGUUCCUCCAACCUCAGUGACACAUGUUGGUUCUGCAAACAUGAACAAAGAACUAUUCUGAUUUUCUUCAAUGAUGUUCGCAGUCGCUUGUGUUCUAUUUAUUUGAAAAAACCCACCACAAUCUCAUCUCAGCUGGGAUGUAAUGUCCUUUUUCUAGAGUAACAAUGCUUUAAUGCCACGAAAUUGUUGUCCAAUUAGAUCAAGUUUUAUCAAACUGCGUUUAUUGUGGGAAAAUACAGCCAAAGUGGCUUUGUGAUUUAAGUUAAUUUCUCCAAACAAAAGGCUCUUACUCUGCAAGAAUCAAUUCUUUAUUUCUUUACAUUGUACCUCUGCUAAAGGUGAUGAUUCAUGAUAAUAAUGGCUCCAUGUUACUGUUGUGUCCAGUCUGAUACCAAUAAAAUUUAGUUUGAACUUUUGA